CUCGAGGAACGAAGGAUGGCAGCCGCGCGGAAGAAGACCAACUUGUUCGUCAAAGUCGGCAUGCCGUUCGUGCUGUUCGUGGUCGGUGGGUUCACCGUUCUGAAUCAGUUCCUCGACGGGAAGAUGGAGAAGAAGGACGUGCUCGUCAAGAGCCAAAGCGAACGAGCGUUCAACUUGGACGAGGAGCAUCGGAAAAUCAUGCAAAAGCUGAAUACGUCCGAGUUAGUCAUCAAGCGCAUCCCAGCGCCUGGCGAGGACCCACGCAAUGUCAAGUAGUCCACGGAAUCGAGUUGUAGGCGCCCCUGUGUGCAAACUUGACAUUGCUUCGAUGGGAAUGGAAAGCUCGAUCUGGAUGGGAGUGCGUGAUGACUUACGUGCGAAAUUUCGACGACAUGCUACUUGUUUCACCGACGGCUGAAUGCAGAUUGUCUAAGCCCUGCUCGUGGCACAAAGUGCAGAGUCCGCGCAGCCAUCCACAUCAACAAUGACGUGUCGUGUGUUCGAGG